AUGAACGAAUUAGAGGAUGAUGCCACACCCGCCCGCCCGCGGCGCAACGGCUCGGCCGAGCUCAACGGCACCCACGAGCCCGCGCUGACGCCCACCGACUACGACGACGAGUUCCUGCGCUACCUGUGGAGGGAGUACCUGCACCCCAAGGAGUACGAGUGGGUGCUCAUCGCCGGCUACAUCAUCGUGUUCGUCGUGGCUCUGGUGGGGAACGUCCUGGUCUGUGUGGCAGUGUGGAAGAAUCACCACAUGAGGACAGUUACCAACUACUUCAUUGUCAACCUUUCCCUGGCUGAUGUGCUAGUGACCAUCACCUGCCUUCCAGCCACCCUGGUUGUUGACAUCACUGAGACCUGGUUUUUUGGACAAUCGCUCUGUAAAGUCAUUCCAUAUUUACAGACUGUGUCCGUGUCAGUGUCGGUGCUCACACUGAGCUGCAUCGCCCUAGAUCGAUGGUAUGCAAUCUGUCACCCACUGAUGUUCAAGAGCACAGCCAGGCGGGCCCGAAACAGCAUUGUCAUCAUCUGGGUCGUAUCCUGCAUCAUCAUGAUUCCCCAGGCCAUCGUCAUGGAGUGUAGCAGCAUGCUGCCUGGCCUGGCCAAUAAAACCACUCUCUUCACAGUGUGUGACGAGCACUGGGGAGGUGAAAUUUACCCAAAGAUGUAUCACAUCUGCUUCUUCUUGGUGACAUAUAUGGCACCCCUAUGUCUUAUGGUGUUGGCUUAUCUGCAAAUAUUUCGUAAACUCUGGUGCCGACAGAUUCCUGGGACCUCUUCUGUGGUUCAGAGGAAAUGGAAGCCCCUGCAGCCCACGUCGCAGCCUCGAGGGUCAGUGCCACAGACCAAGUCCAGGAGUAGUGCUGUGGCGGCGGAGAUAAAGCAGAUCCGAGCCAGGAGGAAAACCGCCCGGAUGCUCAUGGUGGUGCUCCUGGUGUUUGCAAUCUGUUACCUACCCAUCAGUGUCCUCAACGUGCUCAAGAGGGUCUUUGGGAUGUUCACACACACUGAAGACAGAGAGACUGUCUAUGCUUGGUUUACAUUUUCACACUGGCUUGUAUAUGCCAAUAGUGCUGCAAACCCAAUUAUUUAUAAUUUUCUCAGUGGAAAAUUUCGGGAGGAAUUUAAAGCUGCAUUUUCUUGUUCUUGCCUCGGAGUUCACCACCACCAAGAGGACCGCCUCACCCGGGGACGGACCAGCACAGAGAGCAGAAAGUCCCUGACCACACAAGUCAGCAACUUCGAUAACGUGUCAAAACUCUCAGAGCAAGUUGUCCUCACCAGCAUAAGCACACUCCCAGCAGCCAACGGGGCAGGACCACUUCAAAACUGGUAUCUACAACAGGGAGUACCAUCAUCACUACUGUCAGCCUGGCUGGAGGUCUGAAAGAAGAGACUGAGUGUCCGUGUGAAUCUCAUUCAUUCAUCUCAAAGAUGGUUUGCAAAACAGUUGCAACUGUGUUUUUAAUUUGGUGUGAAAGAUGACAACAGACUAAAAGGCACAUUUGUGCUUUAUAGUGACCUGAAUGGCCACCAAAUUCCCCAUUUUAUUUAGUAAAGUUUCAGUUUUGUGGAAACAGAUCAUUUCUAAGAAUAAUAAUUGUCUAGAAGAAAACUAAUGAAAUCAUUAAGUAAAAGAAACUCUGGGAAUGGAAUGAUGAACCAUGUAUAUGUCCCUCACCAUGUGGGCCCAGGAAUCCCAAGGGAUUUGCAUUUAGAAUGGUUACCUUCAUAGGACAAGUGGUGAAGAGACCAGGGUUCCUAAACCAUGCCAAUAUUGUGGGGGGAAAUGGUCAACUACUUACCUCGUUAUUUGCUAAUGACACAAUGAGAAGACUUCUUAGGAAAAAAUUUGUUUGGAAACUCACUUAUGCUACAUACUGAAUGUUUAUCUCUAUUUCUACUGUAUUUCAAACGUUCAAUAUAAGAUGUAAAUCCACUGGAUUUAUUAUCAAUAAGAAUGAUGUAAUAACGUUACUCAAUAUGUUUGAUCUUCAUUAUUUCUGAAUAUCUAUAAUAUCAUGAAAUCCUUGAUAUUUUGGAUUCAUUUAUUAUUUAACCUUUGUUUGUGAAAAAUAGGGUAAAAACAUUCCUAAAUUUGACAGAAUGUGGUGAGUUUCUUGAAUGUUACAUAACUUUAUAAAUUAGUGAUGUUUAUUAAAACAAAGUCUCUCCCCGGUGCACACUGAUUUUAUGAAGAAUAUGGUGAAAUGCUUGUGAAUUAUAGACUGAAUUUGUUUAAAUUGGAAGAAUCAGGACAACAGCACCCUAAAGCUAUUUACUGACCCAAAUUGAAAGGAGGGUUACUGUUACUUUGAUGGUAGUAAUAAAAAAUACCAUGUUUUUCACUUGAUAUAAAUCAAAUAGUAAUCAACUACAUUUCAAAAAACAAUCUGUCUAGGAACUACAAUUUAGAAAGCUUUUCAAUGGCAGUUAAUUUUACAACAGAUAAGUUUUCUACUUCCUAUAAGUUACAAAUUAAACAACAAAGCAAAUUCCAUUAGGUUAUUUUCAAAUGGUUUUCAAAUUGCAUGAAACAAAAUCAUAAAAAAUUUAGAGCCAAUAUAUAAGCAGGGAAAUAUUGUUAAUAUGCCUAUUCUAUUACCUUAUAUAACACAGAAAAUGAAGUACAAAAGCAUGGAAAAUGCUAUUAUCCCUCAAAGAGUACAAAGUAAAUUGUUUUCUACACAACUACUGCUAUUCAAAAGGGGAACAAUAGACUCCUCCAACUUGCCACGAAUUUUUAUUUUUUUAAUUUUCUUUAUAAUCUUUGGAGUUAAAAUAUCUUCUAAGCUUUCCUUGAAAUGUGUUUGUAUAGUUUUGCCUGCAUAUGUCACAUCAUAUCAACUGUUAAACAAUUAUACAUGUAAUGCUGUUUAUGCCUAAUUGUACUGUCUUCAUGAAGAAAUGCUUCAUCAAAUGUAAUGUGAUGACACAUCCUUCACUGCAGUUAUCAUGUAUUUCUUAAGUAAAAAAUCAUAUUUAAAUUUCAUAAUCACA